ACAAGAAAUCAUCUCACAACAAGAAGGAAUACUCUCUAUCAAGGAAAGGAAUCAUGAAGACUCUACUCUCACUCUUCUGUCUGGUUACUUACCUGACCUGUGCUCUCAGUGCUAAUGGCUGGCCAGUCUCUCUUGACAUGGCUUGUGAUAAAGCUCUUUCUGCAGUUGCUUGCUCUUUUGAGUUUACCAACAAUGCAAAUGAGGAUCUUUAUCUACUCAAACGUAACACUCCUCUUGAAGGACUCUACUCUCAAUUUGUCUCUGUCUCUUUUGACGGUCGUCCACUGGAAUAUGAAGGAAUUCAUGUGCUUCGUCUCCCUCCUACAAAGGAUGAGUUUGUUCUCUUGAAGGCAGGUGAGAGUAUUUCUGCCUCAGUCCAAAUCACUGACAUAUUUAGAAUUGAUACUGAUGGUCUCUACACUGUACAAUACAGUAGGCCUUUACAGUAUCUGUCAGUGAAUGAGAUGAGUUCAAUGUCUAUCGAUCAGCUCAGGGAAUCGUUUGUACGUGAAUCCAUUCAACUUUACUUGGAAGACACUUCUCUUCUCUCAAAACCAAAAAAAGAAGAAGUAAAAGUUGAUUACACUGUCCACCUCGAAGCCUGUGGCAGUGCUAGCUUCGUUGGUGAUAGGAACAACAGUCAAACACUGGAUGCUCAUAAGAGGCUCUGUGGUGGUAUUGAUAAAGCUAAAGCUGGAACUGGUAACAAUAAUAUAUAUGUUACAUGGUUUGGUACAUAUGAUGGUGGAAGGGCUGCCACAGUUAAGAAUGUGUACCAGAAAAUGAGAGAUGGCAUAACAAACAAAGUCUGCACAUACCACAACAAUGGUCCAUCAUGUCAGUCUAACUGGUAUGCCUACACGAGAAAGGGAAUUCAGACCGUGUACCUCUGUAAUAUUUAUUAUGGAGAUCAAACAUAUUGCAGUAAGUCUGGUGAGAGCAAGGAAGGUACACUGCUCCACGAAUGGGCCCACGCUUAUGGCUACAUUGAUGAUGUUGCUUAUGGCCGUUCUAAUUGCAAGAAUUUGGCCAGGAAUAAUCCUUCUGGUGCUAUCAGGAAUGCUGAUAGUUUCCUGUAUCACUAUUGUGAUCUGCAGUAAGGAGCUCAUCAGCUAAAAGCCAAGAACUUUAGGACUCAUGCAACACUAUAGGACAUGCACAGUUUAUUUUUGC